AAUUUUUCUGUUAAAUUUACUUGUUUUUAUAUUACAAAUAUCCUAAAUUAAAGUUUAUAAAUAAUGGAAUAAAGCUUGGAUUAGCAGAAUUUAUUUAAAUAAUUAGGGUUGACAUCCUCUUCAUAGAAUAAUCACAGAUAAAGUCCUAUUGAAUAAAUCUUACAAGGAACUAGAGCUUAAUCUGCCUUUGAACCUGCAAGAAACUAAAAACAAUCAGACAAUAGCAUUUUUAAAAAACAGGAUAAUAGCAGUUUUAUUGAGGAAAGAUCGCCUGCACAACCUUAGAAAUCAAAUGAAUUUUAAACCUAGGAUCAGAGCUUCAAUGGAACUCAAGUAGGAAACAUGAAUAAUUUUGAAUAAAAAAAUGAAUACUAUUAACAGGCUUAUAUGAAUAAUUAAGUUUAAAGCUAACAAAAUUAACAAAAAGUUGUAGAAAACCAAAUUGUAUAAGAGGCAGAAAAUGAAGGAGAAGAUGAUGAUGACGAUGUCAAUGAUUAUAAUUUUAAUAAAAAAAUGCAAGAUUAUUAAGAAAGCAUAAAAUAAAUUGAUAAUAAUAAUAGUCCUCAACAGGAAUAAUAGCAUGAGAAAUAAGAAAAUAGCGUAAUCCUUUAAAUGUAUAUUUCAAUUCCUGGUUAAGAUUAGGAGGCUGUUUUAGAAUUAAGCAGAAAUGAAAGUAUAUAAUAAGCUGCUUCAAGAUUUGCAAAACUUAAUAAACUUGACAAAGAAGCUGAGGAGUAAAUACUUCAAGCUUUGUAUGUUGCGGUAGAAGAUAAAUAAGAUUCAGAAGAGAAUUUAGAUUUAGAAGAUUAGCACGAAGAAGCCUAAAUUAGAGGUGGGUUUAAUUAAAUGAGUUUUCAACAAGAUAAUUAGUACAUUCAAGAAGAAGACGAUGAUGAAAAUUAUAAUUAGAGAAAAAGUCAUUAAAAAUAAAGAGAUUUCUUUUAAUAAAGCCACUCAAAAUAAAGUACUGGAAUUUCACAAGCAAAGAAUAGUUAAUUUGGAUUUUUUGACAGAGUAUAUGCUAAUUAGAGUCUAUCAAACUUUACUAAUUCAAAUAUUUAGCAUAAUAAUAAUCCAGGAGUUAGAUUAUAUAACUAAUUUGAGAAAGAGCGAAGGAAGAAAAUUGAAGAAUAAGAAUAGUUAGAAAAAUAGGAAAAGCAAAGACAAGAAGAAGAACUAAAAAAGUUAAAACAAUACCCCAUCAUAAAUUAGAAAUCUGCAGAAAUAGUCAAAAAAAAGAGAGAAAAAGGAGAAGAGCCAGGCUAAAAAGAUAGUUACAUCAAGAAUUUUAAAAUUAGUAUGAUUAAACAAUACUAUUAAUAGAAAGAGCUAGAGCAAUGCACUUUUUAACCUCAAAUAAAUUAAAUAAGCAGAUCUUUGGGUGAUUGCCUAAAGCAAUAUAGGAACUUCAAGGAUGUUUAUAGUAAUCUAUACUUUGAAUCUAAAAUUAAAUAGGCUGAGAAAUAAUAGGUUUCUAUACCCUCUUCUUCCUCAAAAGAAUUAGAAAAAGAGUGUACUUUUUAGCCAAUCACAAAUAAAUAAGAUAAGAUAAAAAUGAACAUCACAGGUAGCUUUUUAGAAAGAAACAAAGAAUAUAUUGAGAAAAAGAAUUAAAAAGCUAAGAAUAUGCAAUUUUUACAUUAAAAUGUCGACAUAACUACUGGAAAAAAGUUAUUUGAACCAAAUAUCAUCUAGAAGAAUGGAAGUGAAAAAAGGAGUAACAAUUAAAUAUUUGAAGAACUUUAUAGUUUAAAUGAAAAAAAGAAAAAGCAAUAAGAGGAAGAAGAAAAAAAAAGAAACUAGUAAAAAUAAUAAAUUCAUUUAAGUGAGCAGACAAAUAAUUUAGUAGAAAGGUAAAGAAAAAGAAAGAUAGAAGAACUCUUUAACAAAUUAGAUGAUGACUGUGAUGGAUUUAUUUCAGGAAAUAAAAUAGCAAUUGAGAAAAUAGAUAAAAAUGUAGUCAUUCUUCUGCUGCCGAUACUUGAGGAAAUUGAUAAAAGGUGUUUAGAGCUAGACUUUUAGUAGUUUUAUGAAGGUUUUAAUACAUAUUUUAAUUAAAUGAAUGCAUAAGAUAGACAUUUGAUUCUAUUUGGUAACAGCAAAACAAAUAAACCCUUAAAAAACUCUUAAUAAAACAACUUCACUUUUUCACCUUAGUUAAAUUAAAAGUCUUUGAAAAUAGCAAUGAAAAAAGACUAUUUAGACUAAUUUGGAUAAAAUGAAAUGUAUAAUUAAAAUGUUGUUGGUGUUUCAGAAUUUUUGGUAGAUAAUUAGAAAAUUGAAAAUAUUAAACCAAAUAAAUCGAAUGCAGCAAAUAAAUAGUGA